CAAAGCUCAUGCCGGUAAUCAUUGUGUUUGACCGAGACAGAUAUCAGGUCCACGAGCACUGCCCACCGAUCAUUUCUCUCCUAUAGUACACGAAGGCUUGCAUCAUCAGCGCCAUUUUCGCUGCAUACCUACUCAAUUUCCCUGAAUUUCAUGUCGAGUGGUCCACCAGCGUGGCUCUUCUCCAAUAACUCGGCUCAACCUACUACGGCACCUCGCCCAACCAAGUCGGUAUCAACUGCUACCGCUGACACCAUGGCGAAGAAGGAGAAGACUUCCAAGAAGACUAAGAAGGAUGUGAUGGAGAAGAAGAAAGAGAAGGAGCCAAAGCCCACGGCCACGGCCACGGCCACGGCCACAGAAACGUCGGCCGCACCUCCGCCCCAGCUCAUGGACAUGGUCGAGGAUUUCCUUUCUGAGCAUUCCUUCUCCAACGCACACGAGGCCUUCAAGAAGCAGCGGGCCAAGAAGGGUUGGACGGGCGCCGGUCCGUCUACGAAAAAGACGGCUAAGAAGCGCCGCGAGAGCCUUGCCAAUGUCUUCGAGGCCUGGAAGACCUCCCUCAGCACUCCCGAGGGUGAAGCUGGUCCCGCCAGCAAGGCCGCCGGCAAAGUAAAAGAGGAGAGCGACAGCGACAGCGACAGCGACGACUCGAGCUCCGAUGAUAGCAGCGACGUCGACAUGGCGGACGUUGAGACGCCGGAAUCCAACUCUGAAAGCGACAGCGACAGUGACAGCGAUGACGAGCCGCCUGCCAAGAUUGCCGUUCCUAUCGCCAGCCUGAAGCGCAAAGCGCCGCCCUCGGACACCAGCGAUUCGUCUGACUCGAGCUCUUCCGACUCUGACUCCAGCUCGGAGGACGAGCGACGCCCAAAGUCGAAGAAGCAGAAGACUGUUAAGGCUCGCCGCUCGUCCUCGUCGUCCUCGUCGUCCUCUUCGUCUUCUUCAUCUUCGUCCUCGUCGGAAUCUUCUUCCUCGGAUUCUUCCUCCGAUAGCGAUAGCUCCGACUCGAGCUCGUCGUCUGGUGCCUCCAAGGCUGCAAAGGUGCCUCUGCCCGAAUCUGGGUCCGAUUCCGAUGCCGAUUCCGAUUCCGACUCCAGCUCAUCCGACUCCAGCUCAUCCGACUCCAGCUCAUCCGACUCGUCCGACUCUGAGGAUGACGCACCCAAGACCAAGUCGAAGAAGAACGGCAGCGCCAAGACCAAGGCUGACCAGGCCGCGGGUUCCUCAGACUCGCCCUCUUCUUCCGUGACGCUCGACAACAAGAAGUCGCCCGACUUCCAGGCUCCGCCUCCCCCUCCUGACCCAACCAUCCCGAAGCAGAACAACCGCGGUGGCAGCGCCAAACCCGAUGCUAACGGCAAAACGAAGAAUGUCCCCUUCUCCCGCAUCUCCGACGGCGUCCGCGUCGACCCGCGCUUCGCAUCCAACGAAUACGUCUACAACACGUACAGCCAAAAGGCCCACGAAGACCUCGUCGUCACCAAGGGCAAGGGAUUCACCAAGGAGAAGAACAAGAAGAAGAGGGGUAGCUAUCGCGGCGGUGCUAUCGACAUCAGCGGCCGCGGCGGCAUCAAGUUUCAGGACUAAACCUGCUAUGACGAAGGGGCUGGAUGAUGGGCGGCUUCUCUUUUUACUUGCCAUGUUGGUUUCGUCUUCUUGCAUUUGCUUCGCUUUGCUUUUGCUUUGCGUUUUUACUGCAGCACAGCCGGUGGGCGUUUAGGAGGUUAGCCGUCAGCAACUUUUCCUACUCCGUACUCCUACACCCCAGACACAGGUGCAUCGAUCUCGUUCCGCAUUGCUUUCCAUGUACCGCUGGCGCCAACGCAUAUUAUUUUGUGAGAACGACCAAAAGAGCCGACCUUGCUAGAGGAAUACAUUCUCAUGUGAUGUUUUGGCAUUGGGAGACAAGAUGAGAUGUGAUAUCGGCAUGGUUAGAUGUGUGCUCAGAAGAAGAUCUGGUUCACUCUUGGAAGUGCUCGUGUCGGAUUUUGUUAGACAUGCACUGACGGGCCAUCAUGCAAAAGAAAUCAAAAAUAUAUUCAUAAACGCU